GGGGUACUAGGGUUCUUCUUAAAUUAUUAUGGACCGCUCCAGAAGCCCCAUAACAAUUUUACCCCUCUCGCCCCCUCCCCAAAAAGCUGCAAGCGAUCUGUGCGUGGAGCUUCAAACAUCCUGCGUUCCCUUCAAAAUUUGCGUGCGGUAUUAUACCUGUUUCCGAGUCAGCUUUCAAGGUUAAUUCGUUUAACAUCAUGGAACCUGACCAUUCGCCAACCGACAGUGGCUAUCUAAUUGAUAAAGAACAAAGCAUACGAUACUGGGAAGAUGCCAACGCUGAUGAUGACGGCAUGCUCGGCGGAGUUUCCUCAGUGGCCGGAUUUUCGAGCACAUCAAAAGUCGAUAUACAAGGUUCACGGGGUUUCUUGGCAAAACUUGGGAUCGGUAGGGCAAGCAAUAGACGUACCGUUGAAUGCGCAUUGGAGGGCGGUGCAGGAAUCGGUAGAGUAACGGGCGGACUUCUCAGUACUCUGGCUUCACAUAUCGACAUAAUCGAACCUGUAGCCAAAUUCAACACCAAAUUGCGAGAAAACGCUUGCGUACGACAGAUCUUCAACGUCGGCCUAGAGGAAUGGUUGCCUGCCGAUGGCGUACUAUAUGAUCUGGUCUGGAUUCAGUGGUGCGUUGGUUAUCUAACAGAUGAGCACCUGGUGGGGUUUUUGAUGCGAUGCCAGCAAGCGUUGAGACCGGAGAACGGCGUCAUUGUUAUGAAGGAAAACAUAAGUACGAGCGACGCCGAUUAUUUCGACGACACUGACAAUAGCUUGACAAGGGAAGAUAGCAAGUUCCGAAACAUAUUCUGUCAAGCUGGCUUGCGAAUUAUAAGAACUGAACUCCAAAGGGGUUUGUCUGCUGGUUCGCCUAGGAAGCUGUUGCCUGUCCGGAUGUAUGCGCUGAAGCCCCGCUUAUGUUAAAUGUAAUGAAUAAAUACUUUCUAAGCAAA